AACUGACAACAUGGUUGUGUGGACCGAACAAGAGCGUGCCUUCAUCCAGGAGAUUUUUGGCAAGCUUAAUUAUGAGGAGGCUGGUCCCAAAGCCUUGAGCAGGGUCUUGAUUGUCUAUCCCUGGACUCAGCGGUACUUCGGCAGUUUUGGAAACUUGUGCAAUUCAGAGGCCAUCAUUAAAAAUCCUAAAGUCGCUGCUCACGGAAAAGUUGUGCUUCGCGGACUUGACAGAGCCAUGAAGAACAUGGACGACAUCAAGAACACCUACAAAGAACUGAGCGUGCUGCACUCCGAGAAACUGCACGUGGAUCCUGACAACUUCAAGCUGUUGGCCGAUUGCCUGACUAUCGUGAUUGCCACCAGCAUGGGUACCUCCUUCACACCUGAGAAGCAGGCUGCCUGGCAGAAGUUCCUCGCUGUUGUGGUCUCUGCUCUGUGCAGACAGUACUAUUAAGUCCUCUAAACAUAUGGACAAACAUUGUCUUCGUCUAAAGCUUUGUCUCUAAAAUUAAUAAAGAGGACUUGAUGUGCAACUGUGUCAUGUGUUUCGACUAAAUAUGGUUAGAAAUCACUACUGUACCUUCACAUCGGGAAUUUGUUGAAUGCCUCGAUUUAUUAGAUUCCAGGGCAUUUUCAAUAAAAAAAAGCUUAGCGAAUAUCAAGACUUUUUGACCAAAAUACUUUAGCACUAGUUCAGGACCAGACAGUUCCGAUCGGGGAUUAUAGCAUCUAUUCACGAAUCAACUGUUUCUUGUUUUUCACUGACAUGUCUCUUAAGUGUUGAGGACUAGUGCUUCUUUGAGCCUACAUUCAGUAUGAGUAAAAUACUCAAGUACUGUUAAAAUCAGAUACUCUAAGACUUUUACUGAAGUCGUUUUGGAAUUGGUGACUUGUAACUUGUAUUGGAGUAAUUUUCGCUGCAAGGUAUCUGUACUUUUACUUAAGUAUGGUUUUCAGGUACUCUUUACACCUCUGUCAAUAUCAUACAUUUGUAUGUGUACUGAAAACAAUAACUUAAAAUAUAUAAAUAUUAUAAUUAAUAAACGAAUGAAUGAAUAAAUAAAUAA